AUGGAAAAUUCGAAGAAUGUAGUGAUGAGUUCAAAUCCAACUGGUACUGCUAAAUGGAAAAUAAGAUUGCACGAAAUUCUGCGAUAUCCAAUGAGAAGGACAGGACCAGCAAUUGUUGCAUCAACUCUUCUUUAUGUGGCGAUGUACAAUAUUGGAGUCAGAUGGUGGAAAGGCGAAAAUCAUCCCAUCAAUCGUUUCAUGUGGCGGAUACAGGAACAAAACGGAAACAUCGAUCCCGUUCUCCGCGCUAAAAAAGAAGCGGUUCUUUCCUAUCAAGAAGACCGAUUUUACCGCCCGCGAGACACAGUGCCAGAUCUUGGUGUUUGA